CUCCGGAUAAAACUCUAAUCAGUGCUGCCGUAUCGGGAUGCGGAGAAGAUGAGUGCGAUUUGGACGGUGGUGAUCGCAUCGCGAUAUCGAUUGUUUUCAAGCCAAAACUAGCGGUCCAUUCAGGUAGAGCCAAACUUUGCGGAAUGAAUACAAAGCCAAUUAUGUAUGAAAAAAGAGUCGCAGCGAUACCAGAUAUAUGUGAAUAUAUCAAACCCAAUUGCCCAAUGGAACCUGGUCGCGUUUAUACGGAUGAACAUAUCCUACGUACGGCGAACGUUUCG